GCCUCCGCCCGCAUCCCGACACUUUGACACGAGGACACGGUGAGGAUGAAGAUGCGUUGGCUAUGGUCUCUCUGCCUAUUGGCACUACUGCUGGUGGCCUGCGUCUCCUCGGCAGCACUUGCGCGCAGUAACGCCGGCCGCGGCGGAACGCUCGCUUCCUAUAAACAGGAUCUUCUGGGCUCGUCCCUGACGGAGGUCCUGUUGGACGACCUCCUCCGGAUGGAGAACGAGGCCGCGGAGGAGGAGGAGGAGCCGGGACGCGACGGGGAGGAAGAAGCCCGGGAGCGGCGAUCCCACGUCGACGGCGCUCUCGGCGCGCUGGUGGGGGCUCGCGAAAGAAAAGCGGGUUGCAAGAACUUCUUCUGGAAAACCUUCACGUCCUGCUGAGCCUGCGGCUCUGUUCUUCUUUGCUUUCGUGGUCUUUUCCAC